GGAGGGAGAGAGAAAGAGACUGUGGACGGGACAGGCGAACAGGACAGUAAAGCUGCAGUCACACAACAGGACAGCAGCGACCUUACAGCUGUGCACGUUUUCACAUGUUUGUGGACAGGAAACAGCAGGAACGGGCACUGAAUCACUGCUGCUGACACCGAGAUCUGAAAUAUGGAGGAUACUGAACUUGUCAGGUGUGCAAGCCUGGACUCUGGGUCCAGCCGUGGCAGAGAGGUAACAGCCCCACUUGACCAUAUAACCUUUGACCCUGUGGGCUUUGACGCUGCGGCAAACCCUGAACCUUCUCCAGCGGAGGUGGCCCAGUGUGAGGCCGAAGUGGCCACUUUGCUCAGCAUCAUCGCUGACCUGAACAAGAAAAUGGGGGCACUAAAGGCACCAAGUGAUCCAGGGGACCUUAAACCACGAGGCCCAUCCAGACCUGUGGUUCCUGACCUCCUGUCCCACAGGCUGGUCUCCUCUGGUCCAGAGAGAAAAACUGCUUCUGCUGCCACAUCCAAACCUCCAGGAACAAAAAGAGGGGGCAGUGGCGCAACAUGGUCAAAACUGCAGGAGGUGCUGUCAGCAGUGGAGGACUCAAUCAGCUGUAGAAGGUCCUGGGCCAUUCCCAUCACGGCAUCUGAUCGGGAAAAGCAGACGGAGCAUCUCGUAGCAGCCCAUGAGACCUGGGUUAAGGCCACCCAGAUACUGGAGGAGAUGGAGAGAGAGUUUGGGAUUUCAUGCCCAAAAGACUUGCCAAAUGAGGAGCGUCAGCAGAACCAGAGGGAUAUCCUGGAUCUGGAUCUGCACAGGCACCGAGAUCGCAGGAGAUCCUCGCAGAGCCACCGGAGGGAGCUAGAUGGAGCACAAAGUGGGGGAGAAGAGAAGAGCAGACAGCAGGAGAAGCCGGUGAGUCUCCAUAAGGCCUGGAGAUCCGGCAGUCUCUCUCCCUCCUACAGCCCCUCAGCUAGUGCCACUGGUGGGGCUCUGAGUCCAGGCUGGGCCUCUUCCCCCUUCCCUGGUUCCCCGCUGAUCCUCAGAAGGGCCACCAGAGCUUUGCCUCCUCUAUCUGCUGGUGGGGACCCCUUUCCAUUUCCAUCAGCCCCCAGCAGCUCAGGCAGUGCCUCCGGCGGCAGCCCCUGUUCGAGCCCCGUCGGCCUUGAGAGUGAGACAGAAAGACUAAACACGUGCAUCGAGAGGCUGAAGGCUAAGAACGAACGUCUGACUGCAGCUCUAGAGCGAAGGAAGGGGGAGUCAGAGCAGAUCAGUUUGGCCUUGAGCAGAUAUGAGGCUGAUUGCUCUGCCCUGCAGAUGGCCCUCAGAUACUGUGAGGAAUGUGAGGAUGCCUACAGUGAGCUGCUGUCGCUUUAUGAGGCUAAGAAGCAGCAGGGAGCUCCACUUCGGACAGACUCAGCAGAGCCAGACGCCGACAGGCUGCAGCCCGGCAGUCCAGCAGCCCAGCUCAGGAACCUGGGAGCUGAGGAGCUGUCGACUUCCUUCUCAGCAGCAGGGGGCACAGAGGAGAUUGAGCCACAGAGUCACACAGGGCAGAGGCCGUCUGAGAUGGUCGAACGAGAAGCUGCUCUUCAUCAGCAAAUUGAGCGUCUGAAAAAGGACCGGGCAGCUAUUUGCCUGCCUAAACGAGGUCCACGUGGAGAGGCCAAACUGAGUCCCGACACCGGCAAUGUGCCCGGGACGAGAGGGGGUCACGGGGCUGCAGACAACGACAGCCCUCCUGACUCAAAGAAGGAGAAGGCUGCCCUGCUUUUUCAGCUCAUCAGUGUCAGGGAGGAGAUGUCAGAGCUGCGAGGUCUCAUCCGCCUCAUGGAGAAGGAGCGGCGGCGGCUGGAGUGGAGUUUAAUGUCCCAGAAGGCGCAGGAUGCAGCUGGAGCUCUCGUUUCAGAGAGCCUGAGAGAGGAGCGGGAGGACCGCAAGGCUGAGCGACGGAGGCUCUGUGAGAAUGCAGCUAAACUGGGUGCUGAUGGGGAUGUGCCUGGUCCACGCAGCAAGGCCACGCUGAGAGAGCUGCAGGCUGUUCUGCACAGGGAACAAGCUCUGAAGAAGAGGCUGGCUCUGGUGCGUGAGUCGAUGAACACGUGCCUCCCUGACAGCGCCUCCCACAGGAGGCAGAGUAAAGAGCAGAUCGCUCGGCUCAUGCAGGCUCACAGUAAAGCGGUGGGGUUGUACCGGAACGCUCGCAGGAAGUACCGGGAGCAGGUGUGGAGGCUGGAGCAGAAGGUGGCGGCCGGGUCGGAGAGAGAGAGCCAGCAGAGCCAGAUCGAGGCGCUGAAGGCCACGCUGGAGGCCAUGGAGCCGAAGAGGGAGGAGACAGUUCUGUGAGAUGCAAUCACUUUAAUAACCGCCUAGAGGAUCCACAUCAAUCAAUCAGCUGCAAUCUGCAUCUCUGUUGAAUUUCAGCUGCAAAAUUAUGCUAAUUUAAAUAUACUAAUCACUGCUGAAUACAUACGGAAAAUUAUCUACAGUACGUGGAGUUACAGCCCGGCACCAUACUGAUUGCUGUUUCAUCACAACCACAUUCAACUGUUGCGUUGUACAAAUGUCUUUAAUUGUGUUUUUAAUUAUAAUUUUCUGUUUAUGAGGAUUAAGUAGCUUGAAAAUGAUUUCUUGCUGUGUUGCUUUUUUAU